CCUUGAAGGUACAAAGGUUGACAGAGUUCACAUAUUUCAACGUAAAAAUUACAUUAAUAUCUAGUUCCAUGAAACACGAAUGAAAAUAUCAAUAAACGUAUGAAGUUGUGAGCAUAAAACGAAUGGAAUUCCAUCGUUUAACUUAUUUGGUAGACCAAAAUUAGAAAAAAUCAAGACAAAACUUACCUGCACGUUAAUGCAAUUCACAAUACACUCGCCAUAUUGGACACGACUACUAGACAGAUAUCACUCAUUCUCAGGUAGUUCAGCCGUGGGUUCCAUUUCAAUAUUAUGUUCGAUCGUAUCGACUACGUUUUCCUGGUUUCUUAGGGAAAAUUUCGAUUGUUUACUGGUGCCUAUUCACGCUAUUAAAAAAUCCCUAUCUAACUUGGUGGAAUACAUGUGUAUAUAUACACACACAUUGUAUAUACAUACCAUUGAGUAUCACAAUAUCAGAGAGAGCUCUCAAUGUAGUUAUGGAUUCUCGAGUCACGGAGUGAAGUGAAUAACUAUUUUGUUGUUAUAUAUUUUUGCACAUACAGAAACUUAUCUAAAUAUAGCCAAGAAAAAUUUUUCAUUAUUCUCGGUUGCCUGCAGUACAUCGGCUAUACAUGUGUUUAUCUUGGUUCUCUGUUGCACGCUGGCUCCAAAAUUGUUGUUUUCUUUCGUAGUGUCUAAGGUGUAACGUGAAAAGAACGUUGACAUGCCGUUUCAAUUUCACGACGUCCAGCAAAAUGUGGUGGAGCCUAUGCAAGUUGAUGCUCCUGCGGAAGAUAAUGACAAUGCAGAACAGGAACCUUAUAUUGUGGAAAACCCAACGCUGGACUUGGAAGUAUACGCUAACAGCUACACAGGUCUUGCCAAAUUAUACAGGCUCAUGUACAUAGCUGAACAUUGUCCCAUGCUAAGGGUAGAAGCAUUAAAGAUGGCUAUCUCUUAUGUGAUGACAACAUACAAUGUUUCUCUAUAUAUAAUAUUACAUAAAAAGUUGGUACAAGUUGUAGGCACACCUGGGUUACCAGAUGUUGCAGCUCAGUCAACAUCUCAAGAUAUGUUAACUUUAGACCAAGCAUGGGUUGAAUCUAGAUCUAAAAAGGCUGUUCUAAAAUUAGAAAAAUUCGAUACAGAUUUGAAGAAUUACAGAAGUAACUCCAUUAAAGAAAGUAUCAGAAGGGGCCAUGAUGAUUUGGGUGAUCAUUAUCUUGAUUGUGGAGAUCUUUUGAAUGCCUUAAAGUGUUACUCCAGAGCAAGGGAUUACUGCACCAGUAGCAAACAUGUUGUGAACAUGUGUUUAAAUGUUAUCAAAGUUUCUGUUUACUUACAAAAUUGGACUCAUGUACUGAGUUACGUUACAAAGGCUGAAAGUACACCAGAUUUCUAUGAUGUUCAUGGUAAAGAUAACAAUCAGUCUAUAGUUACAAAAUUAAAGGUUGCAGCCGGUUUGGCGGAACUAGCAACAAGAAGAUUCAAAAUGGCAGCUAGACAUUUUCUCCAAGCAUCGCUAGAUCAUUGCGACUGUCCAGAAUUGUUGUCUCCUGGAAAUAUUGCUUUAUAUGGAGGCCUUUGUGCUUUAGCUACAUUUGAUAGACAUGAAUUACAAAAGCAAGUUAUUUUCAGUAGUUCCUUCAAAUUAUUCUUAGAGUUGGAACCACAAUUAAGAGAUAUUAUUUUUGCAUUUUAUGAGUCAAAGUAUGCAAUAUGUUUGAAGUUAUUGGAUGAAAUUCAGGAUAACGUACUCUUGGAUAUGUACAUAGCACCACAUGUAAAUGUAUUAUACACGCAAAUACGAAAUAGAGCACUAAUACAAUAUUUUAGUCCAUAUUUAAGUGCAGAUAUGAGACGUAUGGCAACUGCAUUUAACAGAACAGUUUCAGAGUUAGAAGAUGAACUCAUGCAACUAAUUCUUGAUGGACAAAUUCAAGCUCGUAUAGAUUCCCAUAAUAAGAUUUUAUAUGCAAAAGAUGUUGAUCAGCGUAGUACAACCUUUGAAAAGUCAAUAAGUGUUGGUAAAGAAUAUCAGAGACGUACACGCAUGUUAAUCUUAAGGGCAGCUAUGUUGAAACAACAAAUACAUGUUAAGAGUCUUCAACGUGAUAGUACUCAAGGAGGAGAAAUGUCAGUCACUUGGAAGCAAUAGUUUAAUGGUAAGAAAUUGAAUUGUGACUUACGCUAAUCUUUUGAUUAAUAAAUAUUAUUAUUAUUCAAAUAAACUGCCAUGGUCAGUGAAAUACAAAAAAGUACUUCAAUUCCAUAUCGGACAUGUUACUAAUCUAUGUAAAUUGCUGGUACCAAAUUCGACUUUCAAUAAAUGGUACAUUUGUGUAUCAUAAAUCUUUUCAAGGCAAAGUCAUUAUUUUUAAAACUGUACUGGUUACAAAUUUGAAUGAAUCUUUGAUAACACAUAAUGUAUGCUAGCAUCUUUGCAUCAAUAAACAUAUAAAUACUGUUUUUCAUGCAUGUGUGUGCUCAUUUUUUAAGGUUAAUUAUUAUAUAAAGAAAUAAUACAUUCUCGUUUUAAAUUAUAUUUAAAUAAUCUUUUAUCUGGAAAAUUAUGAAACUUCAUAUUAUUGGGUAAAUGUCAAAGACAUUAUUUUAUAUUUUGUACGUGAUUUAAUUAUAAUAUUAUUUUUUUGUAUUAUAAAACAAUGCAUAACUAUUGUGUAUAAUGAAAUUUACAAUUUUAUAUAGAUUUAUUAAAAAUUCGGGUAUUUGUGCUUUUGUGUAUUUAAAAAAAGAUAUUUAACGUGAUAUUAGUCUGUAUAAUUAGUUAAUAACAAUAAGAACAUCUGUUUAUUGUAAAAGCAUAAUUGUUUAAAAAAUUGACACUUAGGUUAACAUCUAACUUAUAUAAUCUAUCCUAUGGAACUCCCAUUCUUUUGUACAAUAUUUGUAAUAUACAAUUAGUAUAUCAAUUGAGAUAGGAAUUAUCUGUAUUUAAAAUACAGUUACAGAUAAUACAUAUACAGUGAAAUAUAUAUACUUAUAUAAACCAACGUGAACAUCUAUUUGUACUACUCUGUCAUUUAAAGGAAGUGAUCAUACGUCUAUCCAGUUUGCAUUAGCAACAUUUUUCAUUUCGAUUAUUCAAAUAAUCGAUGUCUUACUAAUAAAAUGUGUUACAGUACAAUAAAAAAGCUUAGAAAAAUAUAAUAUUUUUUUACAACAAAUUUGUGUACGAAACUAGAAACGAUCUAACUGUAUGAAUAAUAUUCUUUUAUGUAACUAUAAUUCAGUAACAUAUCCUUGAUAAGAAAAUGGCGAGGACUCCAUUACACACUUUCUUCUUGAGCCUGAAAAAGUUAUUUUCAUUAUUAAAUUAUUUAAAACAAAGCCUGUAACUUUGUUAUUUGGUAUCUCCAUAGCCUCAUUUAAUAGAGUUGUACAUGAAUCUAUGUAUAGAUAUGUACAGAAGUGUAGUGUGCUAUCUAUAAAUGUAUAAAUUACAAAGAUAUAUUAAUCUUUUAAUUUUUUCAUUUUAUAAGUAAGGCAAUUACCUUAAACAUGACUGGUAAGGAAAAUUAAAAUAAUUGGUGUUCGUAUAUGCAAGUUUCAUUGGCUUUAUUUAAGUGUGUAAAUAUGAUACAUACUUGUAGUUCUAAUUUUCUUAAUGAUACAUUCAUAAGGAAAGGACCUCAAUUGGUUGGAGUUAAUGUGAUUUUGCAUGAUGGUAAUAUAUACAGAUUCCUAAUGAUACAUGUAAAAUAUACAAGGUGUAACAAAAUUAUUGCACACAAAUGACAGGGCGUG